UGAUAAAAACAAUUGGUGUAAAUAUUAACUCAUCAAUGAAAUUAGAUACAUGGCAUUAACCAUCUAUUACAAAUUUGAAUUAAUCUACAUAUAAUUAUAAAUAAUUAAACGAAACAAAGGUCGUUAAUCGAACAGCACUGCCAAUGCUUUAAACACCGCAUUUCAAAUCAUUUUAGUAUCGAAAUUUUUUUUUUAAAUUGCAAUGUGUUUGUUUUAAAUUCUAAUGUUAAUUAUUUAUUUUAAAUAACAGUUGUGGGUGUAAUAAAGAAAAUUAAUUGUAAUUACCGGCAGGAGUGUCUUUCUUUGUCAUAAAUUCUGUGUAUUUAUUUAUACGUUGAAGUAAUUUACCUUACAAUAAUUACGUGAACAACAAUAUGGUACCAAAUCGAAACAAAUCACUCAGCGUAAAUCAAAAUGUAAAUAAGACUGAAAAUUAUGAAGAAGCAUACCGUCGAUCUUUGGAAGACCCUGAAGGUUUCUGGGCUGAAGUCGGCGCCGUUGUCGAUUGGUACAAGCCCUGGGAUAAAGUUUUAGACAACAGUGCUCAACCUCUAACUGAUUGGUUUGUUGGGGGAGAAAUAAAUGCAUGUUACAAUGCAGUCGAUCGUCAUAUCAAGGCAGGCAAGGGUAAAAAAGUCGCCUUAAUCCAUGAUAGCCCUGUGACCGAAUCUGUGACAAAAAUUACUUACGAUGAUCUAUAUGAAAAAGUAUCAUUGUUAGCUGGUGCUUUGGUAAACCUUGGUGUAGUAAAAGGUGAUCGUAUUUUGAUUUAUAUGCCUCUUAUACCCGAAGCUAUCAUUUCAAUGUUGGCUGUUGUUCGCAUUGGAGCCGUUCAUUCUGUGGUUUUCGGAGGAUUUGCAGCUCGUGAACUUUGUGCACGUAUCAACCACGCCACUCCUAAGGUAAUAAUAGCAGCGAAUUGUGGGAUCGAACCGAACAAAAUAGUAAGGUACAAAGAUAUUCUAAACACUGCUCUCGACCGGGUAACAGAAAAACCUAAACAUUGCAUUAUAUACCAAAGACCAAACAUGGAACCUUCUCCAUUAACUCCAGGAAUUGAUAUACUUUGGUCCGAUGCAUUGUCGACAGCUAAACAUCAUCCAUGUGUGCCCGUGGAAGCAAAUCAUCCUCUGUAUAUACUGUAUACAUCAGGCACUACGGAUAAACCUAAAGGAAUCGUCAGACCAACUGGUGGACAUAUUGCCACAUUAUGCUGGACGAUGAGCUGUAUUUAUGGUAUGACGGAAGAUGAUGUUUGGUGGACUGCAUCCGACAUGGGCUGGGUAGUAGGACAUUCAUACAUAUGUUAUGGUCCGCUUUGUGCUGGAAUCACAUCAGUUAUGUAUGAAGGUAAACCGGAUAGGACACCUGAUCCUGGACAAUAUUUUAGAGUAAUCCAAGACCAUAAAGUGAAUGGACUGUUUACGGCACCCACUGCUUUAAGGGUCAUCAGAAGAGAAGACCCAGUUUUGGAGUUUGGUAGUAAAUAUAACACAAAAUCGCUAAGAACUCUAUUUGUGGCUGGAGAACAUUGUGAUCAUGAAACAUUGGCUUGGGCUGGAAAAGUCCUGAAUGUACCUGUUUUGAAUCACUGGUGGCAAACUGAAACUGGUCAUUCAAUUACGGCUACUUGUCUGGGAUUUGGACAUAAUCUAAAACCUCCUAUGUUUUCUGCCGGAAUGCCGUUUCCCGGAUACGAUGUGAGAAUUUUAAAAGAAGACGGUAGUCCGUGUCAGCUAUUGGAAUUGGGUCGAAUCGUGGUCAAACUCCCGUUACCACCAGGAGUCAUGUCGUGCUUGUACAAAGCCCCCGAACGAUUUCUCAAUACAUACUUCAAUAACUUUAUUGGUUAUUACGAUACGAUGGACGCUGGCUACACCGAUGAAAAGGGUUAUAUAUACGUCACAGCUAGAGACGACGAUGUUAUAAAUGUGGCUGGACAUCGGCUGUCGACAUCUGCAUUAGAAGACGUAAUUCUAUCUCAUCCGGAUGUUGGAGAUGCAGCCGUAUUCGGCGUCCCGGAGACUACGAAAGGAGAAAUACCUCUAUGUCUUUACAUUAAAAACAAAAAUUGCAGUAAAAAAGAAGAAGACAUCAACAAUGAAAUUGUACAAAACGUUCGAGAUUUAAUUGGACCGAUUGCGUCAUUCCAUUUGUGUGCACCUGUGCAAGGUUUGCCCAGAACGCGAUCGGGAAAAACAGCUAGGAAAUCGUUAUCAAAUUUAGCUAGUGGAAAAAAAGUGAUUAUAUCAGGUACGAUAGAAGAUCCUUCAGUAUAUUUGGAUAUCAAACAGGUGUUACAAAAACUUGGUUAUGCUAAAAAUGCUCCAGACCCAGAAAUUGAAAAAUAACAAAGCAUCUAUAAUAAAUAUGUAAAAUUUUAUUUAUUUAUAAAUUAAAAUUUUUAAAUAUAAUAUAUAUAAUGUAAAAUCAAAUAAAGUUAACAAAUUAUUAUUUCUAAUUGCUAUGAAUCGCUAUUAAUUUGUAGUAAUAUGAAAGUUAUGAAAAAAUAUUUAAAAUUCUAAUCACUUUAGAUAUCUAUUAAAAAAAAUAAACUAUUAAAUAUUGCACAAUAUAUUUAUUAUGUAUGUAUAUAGUACUAUAAUCAUAGUACACAAAAAAUAAUGUUAAAAUUUACUUGUUCAAGUUAGUGUAUAUUUAAGGAAAUCAAUAAUUAAAAACAGUACGAAAAAAUCAUUAAUAUUUUAUGAAUAAUUAUUAUUACUUAAUAUAACACCUCGUGGUCCACAUUUAAUAAGAAUUGAGUCUUGAUAUUUAAUUUCGGAAGAUUAAUUUUUAGUUAAAAAAUGUAUUAUAAAUAUAUAAUUUAUUGCAUUUAAUAAUUUGCUUAAAAUAUUUAUUAAAAUCAUAUUUAUUAUAAACUACUUUUAUUAGAUAAUUUACACUAGGUUAGUUAUUGUUAUAAUUACUCAUUAUUAAAAAUUAGGUAUCUGCCUAUAUCUAAAACUAUGAUUUAUUGUUAAAAAUUCUGUUUAAAACUAAGAUUUAUUAAUACGUAUAUAUAAUCAAUUACGAAUGCGUUUUUCAUGAUUUAAUUUAAAUUUAUGUGGUGAAUUAUAUUAAUAAUUAUACUGUAAGUUUUAGUAGUAUGUACACGACUUAUUCUCUGGCACUAGUCGAAUUGGUAGCAAACGCAAGUAUAAUACUCAGACUAACUAAAAAAAAAAAAAAACUAUUACAGAAAUAAAAUAAAAUAGUUGUUUAAAAUUACUAAAAAUAAAUUGUGAUUUUAUAAUUUAUAAAAAAAAAAUUAACAAAUUCCCUAUAAUUAUUAAGCAUGAUUUUUUCAUAUGUACCUAUUGUUUGGUGAUAAUUACUUUAAAAAAUUAUGUUUCAAAACUUUAUCUAAAAAUAUUUUUGUGAUUAAUAAAUGUUUAUGUUUUAUACAA